GGCUGGUGGCGCAUGCGCAUUGGUGGGGAAGGGCGAACCUGGCGGCUGGGGUGUUUCCGCGCAUGCGCCGAAGGCCAUGAGUGCGGCGGCGGUAGUUGGGGCGCGAUCCCUGAGAGGCCACCCCCUCCUGAGGGGGGUACGGCGAUGGUGGUGGGGUUGGGGCGGGUGGUGCCGCUGGCUCUGGGCGCUGUCAGCGGGAUCCGCCGCCGCCGCUGCUUCGCCUUCCGCCGGCCCUUCCUCGGGUUCUGGCGCACUGAGCCCCUUCGACCGGCGGCUGAAGCGGAAGCAGAAGAACUGGGCGGCGCUGCAGGCCGAGCCCGCUAAGUGCGAGUACCUGCGGGAGGAGGUCGGUGGCAGGAUAGUGGACAGGGUGUUCGACAUCACCAGAACAUUUCCUCUUGCUUUGGAUGUUGGCUCUGGAAGAGGUUACAUAGCUCAACAUUUAACUAAGGAAACCAUUGAAAAACUUAUUCAGGUUGAUACUGCAGAGAAUGCUUUAAAAAAUGCUGUAGAAUCUGAAAUCCCUACUGUCAGUGUUGUAGCUGAUGAGGAAUUCCUUCCUUUCAAAGAAGAUACGUUUGAUCUUGUUGUUAGCAGCUUAAGUUUACAUUGGGUGAAUGACCUUCCCAGAGCUUUUAGAGAGAUUCACCAAGUUCUUAAGCCAGAUGGAGUAUUCAUUGGUGCAAUGUUUGGGGGGGACACUCUGUAUGAGCUUCGCUGCUCUCUGCAGCUAGCAGAAUUGGAGAGGGAAGGGGGAUUUUCUCCUCACGUAUCACCAUUCACCGCUGUCUCUGAUCUGGGACAUCUGCUGUCGAGAGCUGGCUUUAACACCCUGACUGUGGAUACUGAUGAAAUUCAAGUCAACUACCCAGGGUUGUUUGAGGUUAUGGAAGACUUGCAAGGUAUGGGGGAGAGUAAUUGCUCUUGGAAUAGAAAACCUCUGCUACACCGAGAGACCAUGUUGGCAGCUGCUGCAAUAUACCGAGAAAUGUAUGGAAAUAGCGAUGGCUCAGUACCAGCCACGUUUCAGAUCUACUACAUGAUUGGCUGGAAAUUCCAUGAAUCACAGGCAAGACCAGCCCAGAUUGGUUCUGCAACAGUUUCAUUUGGAGAUCUGGCAAAAAUAGAUGUACUCCUUUCAAGAGGAAAAAAAUAGUUCUUUAUCAGAAAUAAUAGUUGUCUUGAAGUUUCUAUAAAACUUCUCUUUGCAGAUAGUCUUGUGUUUAUUUUGUGACAACAUUCUGAAAUUAUAAUCAUCUGCACGCAGCAGGGUUUUUGUGUUUUUACUGGCUGGGCAUCAGCUGUGUACAAUUGUGUUCAUUUUUUGUUUCUAGAGAAAUACUUGAGUGAUAUUCUAAGUGAAUACAUGCUCUCCAAACUUUUGAUUAAAUUACUCUUCUCAAAUGUAA